AAAAAACAACCGCAAUGCGCGUGAAUUGCUCACAGCCCCGGACGGUCCUUGCCUUCCUCGCCCUCGCCGCCGCCGCCCUCGCCGCCGCCACCACCGCCACCACCCACACCUGCUUGGCCUCACCCACCACCGCCAUGCAGGACCUGUCUGUCGUGGACUACGGCAACUGCUACACCAUCGCCGCCUCGCGGGCCGAACUCAACGCUCUGCCCAACAGCCCGCAGCUCAAUUGCGCGGCCAAGACCAUGCCCACUCAGUCCAAGGCCGACUGGGAGGCAUCGAAGCCGGCCGGCUCGGCCAAGCUCUGCCACUACAACGAGGUCGAGUGGGCACCGCGCGAGGCUGUCUUCCCGGCCUGCCCGCACCUCUCCGGCCAGGCCAACUGUCGCUUCCGUAAGGACGGUGACAAGAUUGUCGACUACAACGACGUGGUGCAGGAGUGGAUCUGCUCCAUGGGGCACUCGCUCGCCAUGUCCCCGUCGUCAAAGUGCUUCGCCUUUAUCCGCAACGCCCUCUGUGCACGCUUCGACUCGUACGCCAUGGAGAGCGGCUUUGCCUUCUUUGAUCUGCAGCCGAGCGGCGGUAUGGCCCAUCUCGAGCGGCUCUCCAUCUGCUCCGAAGGAGACGUCUGCCAGUUCCUCAACGACGAGUGCUCCUCCCGCGGCAACGACGUCGACAAGAUCGCCCCGUUCGACAUGUGCGGCAAGUCCCGUUGCCGUUCCGACAUGAACUGCCGCAACUGGCUGUUUGCGCCUGACCACGCCUCGUGCGUCGAGACAAAGGCCCUCGACGAGGAGCCCGUCUACGCCUGCGUCGCCGUCAAGGACCCGUGCACGUCUGCAAACUGCCCGGGCGUCUGCGCUGCCAUCACAGAGGCCGCCCCGCCGCCGUACGUCACCGGCUCAACUGGUGACUCGUCAUCGUCGUCCGGCGCCGCCACCUCCUCGCCCCACCGUAGCCCGGCCCCGCACCACUCCUCCCACACCUCGGGCGGCACCGUCUUCCUCAUCAUCCUCGCCGUCAUCUUUGGCACCUUUUUCCUCUACUGUGCCGUCGGCAUCGCCUACAACCGCUUUUCUCGCGGUGCCGUCGGCGUCGACCAGCUGCCCAACGCAAACCUCUGGACCGCCAUCGCCGCCUCCCUCUCCGGCCUCGUCGCCCGUCUCCGCCCUGGCCGCUCGUCCUCGGCCGGCUUCUCCCAGCUCUCGCUCGAUCCGCCCGAGUACGACUUUGACGCCUAAUCGCGCACCAGCGCAGACCUUCCUGCCACCCCCUCCUCCCCCCCCUCUCACACACACCCCUACACACACCCAAACCCCAAACUCGAAAUCCUCCCC